AUGGAGCCUCUUUCAGUUCCACCUGGUUUUGUAUCUCUAACAUCUUUUUUCCUGAAUAGGGAUGACAAGGUUGAGAAAACCAGUAAGUCCGACCCGACUCACGUAAAGACUAAACCUGAGAUGGAUGACAAUACUUCAUACAACCAGAUUAAUGCACAUCGGCCAUGGAUAGUAUCGGACCAGAAGAGCAAAUCCGAGGAAUCGUGCGCGGAGCAUCUUCCUAGGGUUAACUUGAAUCCCCCUAGAAAUUCUUCUCGCCCAAAAGGAACCGUAUAUGGAUGUCCAAAAUGCAGUAAUUGCUUAAAGGUAACAGCAAGGUGGCAUCCUGAGGAUGCAAAAACAGAAGUUCUCGAAGAAGCUCCUAUUUUCCAUCCAACAGAAGAGGAAUUCAAAGAUACACUUGGAUAUAUCGCAAGCAUACAUUCCCGAGCAGAACCUUAUGGAAUCUGCCGUAUUGUCCCUCCUAAAAGCUGGAAUCCGUCAUGUACUCUUGAAGAAAAGAAUGUAUGGGAAAACUCUGAAUUUGUUGCUCAAACUCAGCGAAUUGAUGGGCAUCAAGUUCAGCAUGCACAAGAAAGUAUGGCUAGCUCUCAUGAUACUACCAAAACCAAAAGAAGAAAAGUGAUUAAAGUAGAUAUGGACUCUCAUCGUGAUAAUAGAAGCACUUGCACCUCAAAUAACGGAAAUGUUGAAGGCUGUGAUGAUGAGCCUAAAUCCGGUCCUAAAUUCACUCUCAAAACGUUUAAGAAAUUGGCAGAUGAAUUCAAGAUCCAAUAUUUCAACUACAAGGAUAAGAUUAAGUUUAUGGGUUCUGAUAAGAAUUCAACCAUACAUCAACAGCAAUGGGAGCCAUCUGUUGAGAAUAUUGAGGGUGAGUACAGACGGAUUGUUCAAAAUCCAACUGAAGAAAUUGAGGUUCUCUGUGGUAAGGCUGGAGAUUUUAGCAGUGGAUUUCCAAUUCCAACGGUUUCUGAUCCUCCGAACGCAUACACUUACCCUGAAUAUAUGAAAUCUGGAUGGAACUUAAAUAAUAUGCUUUCACUCCCAGGUUCUCUUCUUUCUUUUGAAAACCCUGAAGCUGCACAUAAAUUUUCCCCUAGGAUACAUGUGGGAAUGUGCUUUUCUCCACUUAAAUGGAAAGUUGAAGAGCACCAAUUAUACUCAUUAUGUUACAUGCAUAUUGGUGAACCCAAAGUAUGGUAUAGUGUCCCAGUAAGAUCUGUUGAUCACUUUGAAACAGUUUGGAAGAAGUAUCUCGGCGAUAUGAAUGCAGGAAAACCUGAUUUAUAUGAUGAACUGGCUAUGCAGUUAUCCUGCUCAGUAUUGAAGAAAGAGGGUAUACCAGUAUAUCGUUGUGUUCAGUAUCCUCGUGAAUUUGUUCUUGUCUUCCCUGGAGCAUAUCAUUCAGGAUUUGAUUGUGGUUUCAACUGUUCUGAAGCAGCAAGUUUUGCUCCUCUCGAGUGGCUGCCUCAUGGACAGAAUGUUGUUGAGCUAUAUGGUGAACAGAAGAGAAAAACAUUAAUUUCAUACGAUAAGCUGUUACUGGGAGCAGCAAGGGAAGCUGUGAGGACCCGUUGGGAAAUUGAUAUACUUAUGAAGAGCACGCCCGACAACUUAACGUGUAGAGAUGCAUAUCAAAGAAAUGGGAUCUUACCAAAAGCUUUGAAUUCUCUCAUCACAAGUGAAAAUUUGAAGAGGAAAUUUAUUUCCAUUUCUUUCAAAUCACAAAAAAUGGAUGAAAACUUUGAUGCCAGUUGUAAAAGGGAAUGUAGCAUAUGUCUGCGUGAUUUAUUUCUUUCAGCCGUCGGUUGUUCGUGUUCAGAUGACAAGUUUGUGUGUCUUGAUCAUGCAAGAAAGCUUUGUUCUUGCCCUUGGGCAGACAAAAUUCUCCUCUACCGUUAUGAAAUCAGUGAAUUGGAGGUUCUUCAUCAAGCUUUGGAUGGAAAACUAAGUGCAGUCUAUAAAUGGGCCAAAGAAGAUCUUGGUUUAACCGUGCGCUCAGUUGUCACCAAGAGAUCAAAACAAACCCCAGAGAAAGUAAAUGGUUCAGUAGAUUUGGUGAAAGAACCUUUGUUGAAAGAACCUUUAUCACAGUUGCCGCCGGAUUCAUUCAACAAGUGGAAACAGCUUAAAUCGCUGGCAACACCAAAUGCUUUGGCGGGGAAACAAAGCGAAACAGCCUUCCAAGCCAAGGGGUCCCCUGGUAGCGCUAUCGGUAAUUUGAAUUUCAUUCAUCCAAAAAAGAACACAACUUUACUUCAUUCAGCAAUAUCGAAUGAGAUCAAAGCUAAAGAAGACGUUGGUGAAGGAAGUAAUUCUGCUGGGAUCAAACCUGAUAAUAGCAAGGCAAUUGGUGAUAAGCUCGCAAUUUCAAAGAAAGUAGAAGAACCAAAAGCUUCUGAAGUUUCAUCAACUCCAGGCUCGGGUUUGUUGUCUUUUCUACAAGAAGACAUUUUCGUUGAAGUUUCAUCUGAUAGCUCUUCUAGUUCUUCAUAA